AUGGCUCAUCUAAAUCAGGAACUUGGUGUCUCGCCAAUGUCAACAUCCUCUGAAGACGAUUCACCAAAAAUUAUAUCACGUACACCCCGUCGAAGAAAACACAAAAAGAAAGUGAGCACACGAUGCUAG